CGGCGGCGGCGGCGGCGGCAUCGGCAGCGGAGGCGGCGGCUGCGAGGCGAGGCGAAGCGGAGAGAGGCGAGGCUGCGGGGCGCCUGUGCCUCUCAGCCGGCGGCGGGUAGAGGUGUGAGGGCGGCCGGGGACCUGAGCGGGAGCCGGGCCGGUGUGGCCGCCGCCGCCACCAUGCAGGAAAUCAUCGCCAGCGUGGACCACAUCAAGUUCGACUUGGAGAUCGCCGUGGAGCAGCAGCUCGGGGCGCAGCCGCUGCCCUUCCCCGGCAUGGACAAGUCAGGGGCUGCUGUCUGCGAAUUCUUUUUGAAAGCUGCCUGUGGCAAAGGGGGCAUGUGCCCGUUCCGCCACAUCAGUGGUGAGAAGACGGUGGUGUGCAAACACUGGCUGCGGGGGCUGUGCAAGAAGGGGGACCAGUGCGAGUUCCUGCACGAGUACGACAUGACCAAGAUGCCCGAGUGCUACUUCUACUCCAAGUUCGGGGAGUGCAGCAACAAGGAGUGCCCGUUCCUGCACAUCGACCCCGAGUCCAAGAUCAAGGACUGCCCGUGGUACGACCGCGGCUUCUGCAAGCACGGCCCCCUGUGCAGGCACCGGCACACGCGGAGAGUCAUCUGUGUCAAUUACCUCGUGGGAUUCUGCCCGGAGGGGCCCUCGUGUAAAUUCAUGCACCCUCGAUUUGAACUGCCGAUGGGAACCACCGAGCAGCCCCCGCUGCCGCAGCAGACGCAACCACCCACAAAGCAAAGUAACAAUCCGCCAUUACAAAGGUCGUCCUCCUUGAUCCAGUUAACGAGUCAGAACUCUUCUCCCAACCAGCAGAGAACCCCGCAGGUCAUCGGGGUCAUGCAGAGUCAAAACAGCAGUGCCGGCAGCCGAGGACCCCGGCCACUGGAGCAGGUCACGUGCUACAAGGUGAGUCCUGGGGCCGGCGGGGCGUCUUCCACAGGCCACGCCAUCCCCUCCUUCCCCAGAGAGUUAGCUCAUGUUGAAGAAUGAAGACAUCUUUGUUUUUGCUAAUUGGAAGAGAAAAACGGGGCCACUCCGGUGAGCUAGACCAGGCCACUUCCACGACACACUAAGGCCAGGUUAACAACUAAACCCCUGCUGUUGAGUGAACAGAUUGCGCACGCAAGAAAGGGAUGGCAAUCUUCCAGAGCCCAGGAACGGAGUGAGCCCUGAACCUCUGGGGGAGGCGGGGUCCUCACACCCGUGGCGCACCCGAGGGAAAGGGGCAGAGCGUUAGAUCUGCCUGGUGAGGAGUCAGAUUAGGACACGCACACACACACAGUGGGACGUUCAGGGGAAGGGCACGCUUUCUAAAAAAAACUUACUAGAAAACUGGUCUCACUCUUGGCUCUGGGUGGAAAGUGGGGUGGGGGGAGUCCUUUCAGAGUUGGUCGUCACUGGUGGCCAAGCCCUUCCUCCUUGAGUUUGAGCCUUGGUGAGGGCUGAAAAGCCACAGGCCAAGUUUUCUAAUCUAAAACAGCCCCCUGGUAACGUAGCUUCGAGAUAUUUAUUCUCAACCCAGCCGACACAGAAUUCCCACAAUGAGGUUUCCCCAGAAGAGAGCUCGUGACUAAAAAGUACAGAAGGCAGCAAGCACCGGCGAGUGAGUCAGCAGGAACGGCCAACAGAACUGGGUUCACAGAGGCUUCAGAUUGGGGGGUUAGAUGGAAGACAGCAUUAGUACAGCCUUCUUGUGAAGACUUCCGGAAGAUGCAGAAGAGUGGAGGCGCACAGUGGGUGCUGUCCUUUAUCCCCGCCUUUCCUGAGGGCAGCCACCGGCCUUGACCAUUCGCCCGCCACACUGUUUGCCGUGCCCUCUGCACUCGCAGCUCCUACAGGAGCUCCACUCGGAGACGUGCUCUUCUGAACUUCACACCAGCACAAGGACAGGGCAGAUUUUAAUGUAAAUAGGGCCCUCGGGUGCAGUGUCCUCUGAUCCCUUUUACCUUACAUUCUGAGUCUGUGUCACGAUAAUUACUCCAGUGUAUUUCACUGGCUGCGUAAUUUUACCAGUUCUCUGUUGGUAGUUUUAGUUUUUGCUGCUAAAAACAGCACUGAGCCUGACUGACAUGGGUGAGCUCUCGUCUGGUGUCUGGAGCACCCACAAGUAGAAGGGCCGAGUCAAAAACUAUACGCUUAUAUUGUUCCUGGAACUUGCCUUCAGGAAGGGCUGAGCCACUAUGGCCAUCAGACACUCACUGAGCACCUCCUCUGCCGUCGCUCCUUCCCAGGAGGGGUCUCUGUUCGGAAGGAAGGGCAGGCAGGUGCCCAGACACCAAAGUUAGGAGUGCCCACGUGUGUAGGGAAGGCCUCACAAAUUCAUGAGCUUGAGCCCUGACUGGUGAGAAUGUGGAAAGGGGACUGUGGAAGCAGGUGAGUGGAGGGGAGGGGAGAGGUUGUCAGAUGGCUUCCGACCAGGCAGUUCUCAAGAACAGUGAGGAGCCUCAGGCGUCCUGGGUCAGCCGCGCUGUCACCUUGCCCCUCCAGGACUCAUCAGCAGGGCCUCUGAGGAGCCAGCUUCCGUAAACAGACAGGGCUAGGGGACAAACCUAACCACCCCUUCCUGCCGCAGGCACAGUUGAUAUUAAAGCCACCUCGGGAAUCCUGGAGGCCAGUAGACGUGCCAGGUGCUGUAAGCGGAGGUGCUCAGUUCCUCCCUCUGGUUACCAUGUCUACCAAAGGCCCAGCUGGCAGCUAUACAGGCCAGUCGUGCACACGACUUAACACCUGCAGAUUAGACAGGCUUGAGAACUUGGGGACCAUGGGGUCGGGAUAGAACAGGCCAAAGCCCCAGACCGAGGAAGUGAGGACUGAGAGGGCACUGGGGGGCUGGUGUAGGGUGGGUGCCCCUACCUGUCUCCUGACCCCUUGUUUAGUGGUUGAGGCUGCCUUUUCCUUCCUUAUAAUCCCCUUCUGCUCUCUGAGGAGUAAUGAGAAUGAAGAGAAACUAAGGAAGGGUCUUGAAUCAUCAGCAGCAGGGACAGGAAGCCAGGCUCAGGGCUAGGUUUUUAAGGAGAUUCUACCAGAUCUGUUGACCCAAGUCUAAUCAAUUUUCCCGUCUCUCUGAUCCCUUAAGCAAACCUGGCCCAGGGGUAGCUUAGACAAGUAUGCAGGAGACAGGAGGGAGAGCCCUUUGGGUGCAGCCCACCCUCUGCCCACGCAGUGAGUCCCUGAGUUAGGGGAGGAGCCUGGGGGCUUCUCCCACACUGCCGCCUCCCUGUCCCCAGGAGCCCCAGAACUGUGCCUCAGAGGUGAGUGGCUGGCCAAGUGCAGAGGGGCUCGGCCCCUGCUCAGGUGGGGUGCUCUGGUGCCGUGGGCUUUGCUCCUGAACCCAACCACUGGAGGCUGCUGUGGCCACGUGCUUGCUUACGCCUGUGGUCCCUAGGUCGCUUGGCCUUCUGGAAGUCCCUUUCCCCACCAAGCGCCAGACUUUGGGCAUCCCCGUCCUCAGCCUGGCGCUUGGUGGGGUGCUGCCUCAGUUGAGAACUGCAUCUGAAGCAGUGUUUCUAUUUGUUCCCUCCCCGCUGUUCCCAGUGUGGUGAAAAAGGACACUACGCCAACAGAUGCACCAAAGGGCACCUGGCCUUUCUCAGCGGACAGUGACAGCAGCUGGAGCCGGCUCAGAGCAGCCUGGGGGGCCCCGUUCUGGGGGCUGCUCUGGGCCAUUCCUGGGAGUGUGCGUUUAACUGUUGCAUGCCAGCGUUGGUGCAGCUCUGGCUGGAGCCGGCAGGCAGGCACGCUGGGUUUUAUUCUUAGGGGCUACGUCUUGUCAGUAUCCCUAUCGUUUUGCCGUAAUCUCUUUUUAGAAGGGGGACGUGUGUUCCAGUCUGGCCCCUCGGGUUGGCCUCAUGUCUGUCGAGGUAUCAAAGCCUCGUGUCUGGGGCCCUGCACACCACCCUCAGGAGGGAGGAGGCUGCAGGAAAGGCCUUGUGCUUACAGCAGUUGGGUACCACGGGCAGCCCUUCCCCUUGGGCCUCCUUAAACAAGCUGCAGCCGGGUCACGCCCACUUCCUCCCUGUCCUGCCGCAUCAGAAGCUGUAUCUGUUGGCGGGGUUUGGACGAGCCGGCCCUUCAGGGCAAGCUCCAGUGUGCUCGCCGCCUCAGCCGGGCCCUGCUCCCUGGUGGCCAUGGUUGAGGAGGGGUGCAGGGCCAAGGCUGUCUAGCGUGAUGGCCUGUCCUCUGCACGCAUCUCGGGGUACCUGCCUGUUGACGGUGUACCUUAAGCUGGGGCCGCCAGCCUUUCCAGACACGCAGUUCACCUGUGCACCUACCUCCCGCGCCGUUGAGCAUCUGUACUGUCAGAUACCUUGGGCCCAGAGGAGAGGCACUGUCUCUGAGCCUGGAAAUGUGAAACUGGCGCCUGCAGCCUGCAGGGCAAAUGGGCCUGUUUGAGUUCAAUUACAGGAACCAUUUUUAUGCAGUUGAUUAAAGCUUGUUUUGUAA